CGUUGCGCAUUGGGAACACAACAGCCCUAGGAGGCAGGCCGGUUCAAGGUCCCACCUCUUUUUGUUAUGUUUUUUGGUUAGGGGCUGCUCUUUAAAAUGCGGGUGAUGCUCCGCGCCGCCAUCACAAAACAAAGCUACGCGCAGGCACCCAUCAGAAAGAGGCACGGUGUGAACAAGUGGAGGCGAAUAUGGGAGACGCAGGGCAGAGGAACGCCACGAAGAGGGAGUCAGGCGCAGUCGUGUCUGCACGCAAAGGCACAGGCGGAGCUCCGCGCGAGCAUCCGGAUUUGGGUGGCUCACGGAACAAAAGAAGCAACAGGCAAGUGGGCAAGGCAGAGGUCGAGGAGACAGUCCUCGACAGAGAGGAGGGAAAAGGAACGACAUGCGCUCUGCAGGCACGGCCACUUCACCGCAUCAACGACAUCGGAGAGAACUCGCAGCGAGCGGACAACUCUAGGACGGGCUGGGGAUCCGCCGCAAGACAAUGCAAAACGCAUGGCAAGUGGAACAUGUAAGAGGGGAGACAUGCGUAGAGGAAGGAAGGAUGAGGAGGAUGCGGAUGGGGGGCACUCGAAGGAGGCUGUAACGCAAGGCUAUGGACAAAACCUUUGCUGCACGCGCGCCCACUUACAGCCCAGGACUCCAAAG